UUUUUUUUUUUAAAUGCGUGAUACAAACAUUUCGUUUCUGCAGUUAAAUAUUUGCAUGUUAAAUUAUGCGUUUAAUGAUAACCGGUGUAUAAACGGUUGACUUAGACAACGACGACUAAUUUUUUUUCAAUGUGCGAUAGAAGAAAUGUUAUUGACCUUGAUGAAACGAGAAAAACGGAGAGUGGAUAAAGUGAUAUCCGACUUUAAACGCGGAAUAAAAUAUUUACUAAACGAUUGCGAUUUGUUCUAUGUUAACCAAUAUGUUAAAAUUAGACUCUGAAGUGCCAUGUAAGACUCAAUUAUCGUUUUUAUUUCUAAAAUUAUUUUUAACUUUAUUUUUAGUACCUUGGGUUAUAGUAAUAAUAACUUGUAUAUGUGUAAUUGUGACUUGGUCUAUAGCAGCGACAGGUGCGUUUAUAAGGUCAACAAAAACGGUCAAAAGUGCUCUUAUUAUGUGGACUGUUUUUAUCAUAUUAUGGAUUUUUUUGUUUAUUUGGUCGUGUUUCCCGUCAGGCUUAAAAAACGCCUGUAUAGAAAAUCAUUGUCCAGAAGCCAUGUGGCUAGUGGAAAAUCCUUGGCAAAAGAUUUUGUUGUAUCAUGAUUAUUCACCUGAAUCAAAUGAUGCCGUUGCUAUUUCGUCAACAAAACUUUCAAUUCCAAGUUCCAAUGUUGAGACAUCAGCUUUUAAUGUAUUAAGUGACCGAAAGAGUGAUGAUGUUAAUCCGAACAAGGACAAAGAAUUAAAAAGCCUUGAAUCCUACAAUAACGAUAUUGAUAUUAAUAAUUGUACUUGUUGUCACGAAAAAACAGACAUGAAGUAUCGAAUUCAAACGAAAAAAAUAAAACACCGAAGUCAACAAAGUGCUACCAUAAUUGUAGUGAUUAUGUUUGUAUUAUUUUUUUCAUAUUUUUUAUAUGGCUGGAUAAUACUUUACAGUUAUAAAAUAUAUCUAAAAACAAAAAAAAAAGUUUCAAUAUCGACUUUACAUGAUGUGCCAGAGGAUAAUAAUUUUGUCGGAAGCUGUUAGAACUUUAUUUUUUAUUUCAUCAUAUUUAUUGUGACUAUACUUGUACUUUAGUGUGGACUGGUUUAGAUUGAUAAUUUUUUUGUUAUUUUACGUUAGUUUCAUUGUAUUUAUAACAAAUAUAUAUUAUAUAAAAUUAUAUUUAAUUAUAUAAAAGCAAAUUUAAAAAAUGUUAA